CUUUUACUUUUUCUUUAUUAUUAUCUCACAGAAACCGCGUUUCCCCAGUAUCAUCGUAUCACUUUCACGUGGGUCCGUCGCCUCAUCCCCUUAUCUCUCGGUUCAAUUUCUGCAACUCCUCCACCAUCAUCACCUACCAGAGUUUUAAAACCCUAAUACACUCACAUAAACACAUAGUACAAGUAGCUAAACAAUCUUGGUGUUCUAAGCGAAAUCAAAGACCCAAGCUUUAAGCCUCUUAAAAAUGGCGGAGAACGGUGAAGAGAAGCUUAUACAAAUGGCUCGCCACAUCGCGAAGACACUAGGCCAUACAGACAAUAUGACCGACGACAUACUCCAAAUUUUCUCCAACUUCGACGGUCGAUUUCGCGAAAAGUUAUCGGAGAAAUUGUCCGAUGAGGACUCACGAAGCUUUGCAGCCCUGGAACAAACCCUCAAGUCCCUUGACCGUCAGAUCUCUCGUUAUGUCUCCGCCGGCCACCCUAUUUGGUCCGACUCCGCUGACUCCUCCUCUUUCCUCGACUCCGUUGACGAAUUAAUUGGUUUAAUUCGAGACUGGACUCCGAUGUCCGGUGAAAAGAACGUCUCGGCCUGUCUCGAUCGCGCAGAGGAUUUGCUUCAGCAGGCCAUGUUUCGGCUUGAAGAUGAGUUUAAAUUGUCAAUGGAGCGUGGAGGUGAGUCCUUCGAUGUAACUAGGUACCAUAACGGCGAGUCAGCUCAUCCGAGUUACUCGUCUGAUUCAGAAGACCAAGAUAAAGACGAAGACGAUGAAAUUCCAGUGGCGCAUCCGAUAUCUGACUACAAUAUCAUCAUCGAUGCGUUACCUUCGGGAACGAUCAACGAUCUGCACGAGAUCGUAAAGCGUAUGGUGGCCGGAGGAUACGGUAAGGAGUGCUCGCACGCGUACAGCUCUUGCCGGAGAGAAUUUCUGGAGGAAAGCUUGUCGAGGCUAGGGUUACAAAAGCUAAGCAACGAUGAGGUUCAGAAAAUGCAAUGGUCCGAUCUUGAGGAUGAAAUCGAGCGGUGGAUUAAGGCCGCAAACGUCGCGCUUCGGAUCUUAUUCCCAAGCGAACGGCGUCUCUGCGAUCGAAUUUUCUUCGGCUUUUCGUCUGCCGCUGAUCUGUCGUUCAUGGAGGUGUGCCGUGGUUCGACGAUUCAGUUACUGAAAUUUACCGAUGCGGUAGCGAUUGGCAGCCGAGCACCAGAGCGAUUGUUCAAAGUUCUCGAUGUCUUCGAAACGGUUAGGGACUUAAUACCUGAAUUUGAAGCUGUUUUUUCGGAUCAGUACUGUUUAUUCCUUAGAAACGAAGCAAUUACGAUUUGGAAAAGAUUAGGGGAAGCGAUUAGAGGGAUUUUCAUGGAAUUGGAGAAUUUGAUCCGUCGUGAUCCAGCCAAGACCGCCGUUCCCGGUGGCGGACUUCAUCCCAUCACUCGAUAUGUCAUGAAUUAUCUCCGUGCAGCAUGUCAAUCACGGCAAACCCUUGAACAAGUAUUUGAGGAAAGCGUUGCUCCACCCAGUGCUGGUGAUUAUAGAAAAAUGGAAGAUAGAUCGUUGUCCUCAUCUUCAAUGUCGGUCCAAAUAGCUUGGAUUAUGGAGUUACUACAGAGUAAUUUGGAGGCGAAGUCGAAGAUUUAUAGGGACUCCCCAUUGUGCUCUGUUUUUAUGAUGAACAAUGGUAGAUACAUUGUUCAAAAGGUUAAGGAUUGUGAAUUAGGGUCACUUUUAGGGGAUGAUUGGGUUCGAAAACAAAUGGCAAAACUCCGGUUAUAUCAUGUGAGUUACCAAAGAAGCUCAUGGAGUAAGGUGUUAGGAGAGUUAAAGAUUGAUGGCCAUUCUCUGAAAGAGAAGCUCAAGUUUUUCAACACCAACUUUGAGCAGAUAUGUAAAACUCAAUCCACAUGGGUCAUUUUUGAUGAACAACUGAGAGAUGAGUUGAGGAGUUCUGUUGCCGGGAAUUUGUUACCGGCAUAUGGCAAUUUCAUUGGAAGGUUGCCGAGUUCACCAGAGAUGGGAAAGCAAGUGGAGAGAUAUGUUAAGUACAGUGUGGAGGAUCUUGAGGCAAGGAUUAAUGAGUUGUUUCAAGGAAGAGGUGGAUUGGCUGGUGGCAGGAAGUGAAAACCAAAACGAGUAAGCAAGUGAUUGUUUGCGCUGUUCAUGGUUGUAUGUUAGUGUAGUUUAUAAAGAUUUGUUGUAUGUGCUUGUAAUCUUGGUGGAUUUGUGGUUUUUUUUUUUUGUUGGGUAGAGCAAUCUCUGUUCAGCACACAACCUAUGUUGGUGGAAUUUAUUGACACACCAAGAAGUGUAAUGUUUCUCAGUUGAAUGUAGUUUAUACAUAUGGAUUGCUUUAGUUGUAUGUAUGGAAUUAGGCGGCUAUUCAAUGCAUGCUUAAUAGGGGUAUCAUUUCAGUUAAUAUCAC